AUGUUCAAUGACAARGCAACAGAAAGAAAAAUUCUGUCAUUCAAGAUCAAGUGUGUAAACCAAGGCUGUGAAUGGCAGGGAGAACUACGGAAUUUAAUGGCCCAUAAGAAGGAAUGUCAAAUGGCUGUUGUUUCUUGCACAUAUCAAACCUUCGGCUGCAMUUUUAAGGGUGAAAGGAAGACAWUAAGUGARCACAUUAUCACCAAACACCUUGCAUUCACCACUGGUAAGCUAAUGGAGCUUCAGACKGAGAAUGCAACCCUAAAGAGAAAAUUUGCUGAACUAGAAUCCCAAAAUGAAGUCCUCAAGGUACGAAUUAUAGAAGCAAAUUCUUUACUGUGGACAAAACAAGACAAAAAUCAUGUCAAAUAUGUCUGGAAAAUCAAAGAUUUCAAUAUAAAGCUUCAGAAYGCAAAGGAGAAAAACAUGAACACUUUUCUUUCAAGUGGGCCUUUCUACACAGACAAGUAUGGUUAUAAGAUGAGACUGAAACUGUACCCAAAUGGUGAYGGUUUAGGCAAAGGCUCUCAUGUAUCGCUUUUCUUGAUUGUGAUGCGAGGRGACUAUGAUGGGAUUCUUUCCUGGCCAUUUAACUACAAWGUCAAACUUACCCUUGUUGAUCAGAAGCCAGASAAGUCAAAGCGAAACAACAUCAAGUGGAGUUUUWGUCCAGAUGACAGCACUGUKGAUGAAUCUUUURUAAGGCCAACAACUGGUGAAAACACUGGCUAUGGAUUCAUGACAUUUGUUUCACAUGAAGCCUUGUUCACUGAGAACUACCUUAAUAUUGUUGAUGGGUCAAUAUUCAUACAACUUGAUAUAAAAACAUGUUAGUUUUUUACUAUUACUUAGGCUUACUCUAAGUCUUAUACCGUGGGGUACUGGGAACAAUCUGCUAAGUGGCAUGAUGAGAAUAUCACAUCAAAACGUUUGUCACUAAUCAGGUUAAAAAAUACUUGUUUACAAAUAGUAUUUUUAAAAUUCCAGAAUUCAAAAGAAAUCUUAUAUAUUGUUUUUGUAAAUUUGAGCAUUCUGUAAAAGCUAUGUUAGUAUUUUUUACAAAAUUUGUGUCUAUGUAGCAUGGUAGGCUUUGUACAGGUCCAGGAAAACCUGAACACUUGUGAAGUUUCAUUUUUUGGUUUUCCAGGCCUCAGGAAAGUAAUGGAAAGUAAUGGAAAGUAAUCACCAUUGUGCUAUAUUUAUAAGGGACUUGUACCAAGUCUCCACUAUAUAAAAGUAAGCAAUACAAAGAUAUGAAAUAUGUUUAUUAUGAAAUUUAAUUAUGAAUUUAUUUUGAUUGAUUUUAUUGAAGAGCAAAUUUUUGUUUAAAGAUUAUUUAUUUUAUUAUGAUGAUCAUUGUUGUAAUUAUCACUUCUUUGUGAUUUCUAAAAAAAAUGCCAGAGUGUAUUUCAUCAAAUAAAAAUG